CCAGCAGCCUCGGCACACCGCACCUCCCACGCUCCCACCUCACGCACACCAUCCACGCACCCAUCUCACCGCUUUACAUGCCUCUUCACUAGACACACUCGCCCUCCUCCGCUUGUCGAGAGGAAUAUAAACCCCUCCGACCAGCUGGGUUCACCUCUCUCCACUUCUCUCCACUUCUCCACCUCCUCUUACCACCUCACCACCUCAACUUACGCCCCACCACCUCCACCACAGCCAAAAUAACGACCUACGCCACAGACUUUUGGUACGCCCCGCCGCGCCGUACCAUGCUCGCCCCCAAGUUCAAGGCGCAAUACUACCAGCUCGAGAAGUUCGGCGACGACAUGACGGAGGCGCAGCAGGCCACGGUCACGCAGGAGAUGGUUGCGGGCGCGGUCGCAUGCCAUAUCGCCCACGCUUGGGACAUACAGUGCGCGAAAGGCAAGGUCGACGACAAGAAGGCUAUAGAGUUCUGCACCGACCAGGCGUAUAAGUACACGCAGCAGGAGUUUGAUAAUAAGGGCCUGGAGUGGCGCGACCGGAAGAUGGUCGAGUACGCCGCGGCCGCCCUUGUCCAGGCCCAGAUCGGCAAGAAGUAGACUGGUGCAGCAGUUGAAGUGCCGCGCUGCCGCGGUGAGUUCCGUUCGUGAUUCAGUAGUCGGUUAGUGAUGAAGAAUAGGC